UGAGGUUACAAACACAGUCUUCUCCAUACAGAGACACAUUCAAACACACAUACAUUUGCAACUAGUGAAAUCAGCUCAUGAAGAGACGUGGCGGAAACCUGCUCCCACCAUGGACAACAAGUCUGAUGUGAAAGCCAUUAUGGCACGCUUCCAGUCUGGAGGUACAUCCAUGGAGGGCGGUGGCGGAGGACAUCCAAAAGCUGCUGUCCACCCAACCUUAUCAGGUCCCACAGUCCCGUUCAAGAAGCCUGUACUGGAAACCACCCUCUCAGGCAGCGCUGCUGCUACUAACCCCACUGCAACAAAAUACAACUACCCAAUGAGCACAUCCUCCAUCAAGAACAGCUCUGAAUCACGAGAGUCCAUGAAGCCCAAAGCUCUUGUGAGCAGGUUCGAGAAUGCUGGAUUGAAUGAGGACAGCAAAACUCCUCCUUUUGCAAAAACCCUCAAGCCCAAAUUGUCAGACCCAUCCCAAGACUCUGAACAAAAGCUUCUUUUCCCCAAGGCCCUGGCCCAGAAGACACCUGUAAGCAGCACCACACCAGACAUCAAGAACACGCCAGACAUCAAGUUCUCCAAGCCACCACCUGUCACAAACAAGCCUUUAUUGACCCCCAAGAUAGAAAACAAUGAGAACAGCACAAGUCCGAAAAUGCCAACCAUUCCCAAACCAAAGAGUAACCUUGUCCUGCUCCGGCAGCAGACAGAUGAUGCCAAAGAUGGAGACUCUGCUGUAAAGCCAUUCUCAGGCUCUGGUGUAAAGCCCUCCAGCUUUCGUGCUGCUCAGAAUAUCUUCAGUAAAGGCGAAGAAGCAACCAAGGAUGCGGCCAAAUUGCCAAGCUCGAAAGAUUCACCAGGGCCAGGUCCAGGCCCCAUAAUUGCAAAAAAACCUAGUUACCGGAGAAAAGCCUCUGGAUCCAACACAGAGACAGCAAACAAUGAUCCUUCGGCCCCUAAACGAAAGCCUUUACCUAAUAUUUUGGCAAUUGGAAGUGCCCCAAGCAAACCUAACAGACCACCCAGAGUCAACCUGGAAAAAUUCAAGAAAGGUGUAGAACUUCCAAGCGAGGGAGCUGAAUUAAAGAAAGGAGGUCCUCCUCCCCCUCCAGCCUCUCACCCCAGCAGUCAGGCAGCCCAAGACGCGCGCCCAACCCUGCCGCCUCGACCCUCAGGAGCCAUCAAAAUACAAGAAGAUCAAGAUGACAGCUAUGAUGAUAUUGGGGACCUAAAAGACUCAUCGUUUGGAGGAAACUCUGAGCACCAGGAUGAGGGAAGUGGAAGUGAUGAGAUGUACGAGGAUCUAGAGGACAGAUGGUCAGCAGCAGAGGCAAAGGAACAAGAGAAAAAACGAGAGAAGGAAGAGAAAAGACGAGCGGAACAAGAAAAGAAAGAUCAGAAGGAUCGUGAGAGAAAAGAGCAAGAGGCCAGGAAGAAAUUCAAAUUGUCCGGGCCGCUUCAGGUCAUCCAUAAAGUGAAGGUGAGAUUAGACUGCAAAGGUGGCAAGAAUGACCUCAGCAUUAAACAGGGAGAGAGUAUUGAGAUACUGCGUGUUACAGAAAACCCUGAAGGUCGAUGGCUGGCUAGAACUCAAGAUGGUUCCUAUGGUUAUGUAAAGACAGAAUCAGUUGAGAUUGACUUUGAUAAGCUGAAGACUCAAAGCCUCUCUCGUCCCCCUCAAUCAGAGGAGGUUUACGAUGAUGUAGCCCCCCAGGAUGAGCUCAAGAGGAGAAUCAGUGGUGCAGGGGUUAUUCUACCUCCACCACCAGAGGGAGAUGGAGAUAUCUAUGAUGACUUGGAUGAGCCCAGCCUUAUUGUCAGCAGCCCGGAACGCAGGCUUCCUGCCAAACCACGCAGUUUCUUUCGGAUGCUAAAGGCCCCCAUUGACUGGAGAAAACCCUCUGACCACGAUAUUGAAGUUCCUCCUCCUCCCCAGUUCAGUCCAGAAGGAAAUGCAGAUCAGUCAUCGGCACCUAUCAGCGAUGAAAUUUAUGAUGAUGUCGAUCCUUUCCCUGCGCUGCCCCCUCCCAGCAGCCUGCCACAAAUAAAAGCAAAGUCAGCAAAAGGUGAUAAGGUGGAUGACCCAAAGAAGCAGAAGAAAUUUGAAAAAGAGGAGAAGGACUUCAGAAAAAAGUUUAAGUUUGAGGGGGAGAUCAAGGUGUUGUAUCAAGUCACAGUGAAGAGCGGUAAGAAGGGGAGUGGGAAGGAUCUGUCUGUGCAGGCAGGGGAGGUGCUGGACGUCAUCAACAAAGCUGACCACGACAAACUCAUCUGCAGGAACAAGGAGGGCAAGUUUGGAUAUGUGUCAACUAGCAACACCCAAUCUGAAGACAAUGACAUCUAUGAUGACAUUGGUGAUGAUUGCAUCUAUGAUAAUGACUAAGGAUCUCAGCCUUUGGAUGCAGCUAUUUGGGCCCUUACCUUAUGGUUCUAUAUGUGUGUGGUAUGUUUAUUGCAUGUUACAAUCAAAAUUAUUUAACCCCAUUGCCAAUUAGGUUAAUUAACAAAGUUUACAAACUUUCAGCUGUUUGCAAUAAACCAAUCAAACAACAACCAUUUAAAUAGCUCAAAACAACCAAUAAGUGGUUUUUCCCAAUUGUCAUUUUUAAUGACUAUUGCAGUGUUAGAAUCAUUCAACACCCUGAAUAGAAUUUCUUGUAAGAGCACACAUUUUCAAGUGUUGUCUUAAGCACAACUGAGCCAACUAAUCAAAGGCUUCAUUAGCUGAAUCAGGUGUACUUGAGAUAAAACACAUCAAAUACCCGGGCUGGCAAGGGGUUUGGUGGAUGUCAUGUUUGACUGCAUGUUAGAAAUUUGGCCCAGUCAGGAGCAUUGAGAGAAGAGAUCAUUUCCUUUUACAAACAAGGAAAAGGAUACAAAAAAAUAACAAAGGCACUGAAUGUUUCUAGAAAAUCAGCUGGAAGCAUAGUUCAAAGUUACUGGCUACACUACCUGGAUGUGGCAGAAAGAGGAAGCCAUCACCAGCUUCCACCAGAUUCCUGAGGAGGCCGGUGGUCAAAAACCCUUGAUUGACUGCAGAAAGAUUUGGUGGCAGCAAGCACUGAGGUUUGCACAGCAAGUCACAUACUAAAUGCAGAAGGUCUCCAUGCCUGAAGUACAAGACGUUCACCUCUACUGACCCCAAAGUGUAAUAAAAGUUGUCUCCAAUGAGCUCAGAUCCAUAUAAAUAAGCCAGAUCUUUUGGGAUUCUGUUCUGUGGAGUGAUGAAACAAAACUGGAACCUUUUUGGCCUAUGGAUCAGCGGUAUGUCUGGAAGAGGAAGAAUGAAGCAUAUGCUGAAAAGAACACCCUGCCUACAGUGAAGGAUGGUGGUGGUUCAGUGAUGCUCUGGGGCUGCUUGGCUUCCUCUGGCACUAGAAACCUGCAGUGUGUGGAGGGCAAGAUGGAUUCAAUGAGGAGAAAGCCAUGUGCCUUCUGUGAGGAGGCUGAAGCUUGGACAUCAUUGGAC